AUGAUUUGCAAGUCCACGGUCAAUGAUGAACCGAUUGACGAUUUGUCAGAAAAAGAAGCCAUCCCUGAAGCAGAAACUCAAAGUUCUGACUUUGACUCGGAUUUUGAAUCGAUCAAUUUAUGGAAAAAGAAAAAGGUGAAGAAGGAGAUCAAUAAUUUGACAGCAUUUCAAUAA